AUGACAGCGACAACUUUAUUAAGAAGAAGUCCAUUCAAAAUGGUAUUUACUCGCACUACACAAUUAAGAAAUCAGUAUCAAAACCAACAUUAUCAAUUAACUUUACGUGCUAGGUUUCACCAACAAUUAUCCCCAUCUCUGGUGAAAUUACAUUCAGAACUUAAAUUAGAUGAAUUACAGACAGACAAUACCCCGGAUUAUGUUCGUUUAAUAUUAAGAUCAAACGUCUACGAUGUUAUAGAAGAAUCUCCUAUAAGUCAAGGUGUAGGGUUAUCAUCCCGUUUAAACACCAAUAUUCAAUUGAAAAGAGAAGAUCUUUUACCUGUUUUUUCCUUUAAGCUUCGUGGUGCAUACAAUAUGAUUGCUAAAUUGGAUGAUACUCAAAAAAAUCAAGGUGUUAUUGCUUGUUCUGCAGGAAACCAUGCCCAAGGUGUAGCAUUUGCUGCUAAACAUUUAAAUAUCCCUGCCACAAUUGUUAUGCCAGUGUCUACACCAUCCAUUAAAUAUCAGAAUGUUUCUAGAUUAGGUUCCCAAGUGGUUCUUUACGGUAAUGAUUUCGAUGAAGCUAAGGCUGAAUGUGCGAAAUUGGCCAAGGAACGUGGUUUAACUAAUAUUCCACCAUUUGAUCAUCCUUAUGUUAUUGCUGGCCAGGGUACUGUUGCAAUGGAAAUAUUAAGGCAAGUACGUAAUGCUAGCAAGAUCGGGGCUGUCUUUGUUCCAGUUGGUGGUGGUGGUUUGAUCGCUGGUAUUGGUGCUUAUUUAAAGAGAAUUGCUCCUCAUAUUAAAAUUAUUGGUGUAGAAACAUUUGAUGCAGCCACCUUACAUACAUCGUUGCAAAAUGGCAAAAGAACUAAUCUUCCAGGUGUAGGAACAUUCGCUGAUGGUACUUCUGUUCGUUUGAUUGGAGAAGAAACCUUUAGAGUAUCCCAGGAGGUCGUUGAUGAAGUAGUUCUUGUUAAUACUGAUGAAAUUUGUGCUGCCAUAAAGGAUAUCUUUGAAGAUACUAGAAGUAUAGUGGAACCAUCUGGGGCAUUAAGCGUUGCUGGUAUGAAAAAAUAUAUUACUUAUUUACAUCCAGAGAUUGACCACUCGAAAUACACCUAUGUACCAAUUUUGUCUGGUGCAAAUAUGAAUUUUGAUAGAUUAAGAUUUGUAUCUGAACGUGCCGUACUUGGUGAAGGUAAAGAAGUCUUUUUAUUGGUGACCUUACCAGACAUUCCAGGUGCAUUUAAGAGGUUACAACAGGUGAUUCAUCCAAGAGCAGUCACUGAAUUCUCCUACCGUUACAAUGAACACCGUCAUGAAUCCAGUUCAGAAGUUCCAAAGGCUUAUAUUUACACUUCUUUCAGUGUUGUAGAUCGUGAAAAGGAAAUCAAGCAAGUUAUGCAACAAAUACGUACAUUAGGUUUUGAUGCAGUGGACAUCUCUGAUAAUGAAUUAGCCAAAUCUCAUGGUAGAUAUUUGGUUGGUGGUGCUUCUAAAAUUCCAAAUGAAAAAAUCAUAUCAUUUGAAUUCCCAGAAAGGCCUGGUGCAUUAACCAAGUUCUUGGCUGGUUUAAGCGAAUCUUGGAACUUGACUCUUUUCCAUUACAGAAACAAUGGUUCUGACAUUGGUAAAGUGCUAGCCGGUAUCUCUGUCCCACCAAGAGAAAACUUAACUUUCCAAAAAUUCUUAGAAGAUUUAGGAUAUAAAUAUCAUGAUGAAACUGAUAAUAUGGUAUAUCAAAAAUUAUUAAAAUAUUGA